ACUCAUUUGUAUACUUUUAGAUGAUUGGUGUGUAUAUUUAUAAACAUAAAAUUCUAUGAAUCAGAUAAAAACAAUGCAGUAAAUGAAAUAACAGUGUCGUUUUAUAACAUUUUGAUUAACAAAAGAAAAACAUGGACGGAAUCUGCACUGAGACAAACAUAAAACAGCAAAAUAAAAGCCGCUCAAAUGCCGACAUCCAGCAGCUCAGUAAAAAACUAUCGUGGUUGCUCAGGCAUGGUGCAGCAAAAGAAGGACUUCCAAUACAACCGGAUGGCUUUUUGGCUACUUCAGCUAUAUUUACGCAUACUAAAUUCAAAAACUAUAAUAUUGUUAUUCUGAAGAAAAUUGUCGAAACCGAUCAAAAACAACGCUACACAUUAAGGUUUAAUCCAAAUUUGGGCGACUAUGAAAUCCGAGCUAAUCAAGGUCACUCAAUGGAAAUAGUUCAGUCGGAUUCUUGUUUAGAAAAAGUAACUGAUUCAUGCGCUAUUGCUGACAUUGCUCACGGUACUUAUUAUCGUUUUUGGCCAAGUAUCAAGACGGAUGGACUGCUGCGCAAAACACGCAAUCAUAUUCAUUUUACGGUUAUGAGUGAUAGCCCCCACACCAGCAAAAAAGUGAUAAGCGGCUUCCGUAACAAUUGUGAAAUUCUAAUAUACAUUGAUACCCAAAAAGCAAUGAAAAACGGGUUGGAAUUUUAUCGAUCCGAAAAUAAUGUCAUACUUUGUGAGGGUCAAAAUGGCUGCAUAUCUACGCAAUAUUUUGCUAAAGUUUUAGAUCGAAAGACUGAAUUUUCUGACUUCUGACUUGCUGAGACUAUAACUUUUUGAAGUUCUCUGUGUUCUCUGCGACUAUUUACUGAGCUGUACUAAACACAGGCGGAAUCUGGUGGGUGGAUUUUGGAGCCCUCGAAACAGCGAAGUCGCAGUUUUCACCAGGCAAACAUUUUACAGACUAACCGAACAUAGCACACAGCAUCUUCUUUUUUUUUGGUUUUCUUUUUAAAGAAAUGGAAGACGUAAAUCAGCAAUCUGGAAUAAAUUUCGUUCUUGAAUUCCGUCGUACACGUCGUGAUAUUUUUAAUCCUAUGGAUGUAAAUUUUCUAGACCCGUACAUAUUUUUGACCAGUCGACCGGAGUUUGACAUAUCAAAUUAUGUACCCUCUUUUAUUAUGAAUAAAUUUACAGCUGCGUGGAAUGUUUUUAAAGGUGCGGUUAACCAUUCCUACAAUCCAAGAAACGACGGUCCGUCUGGUAGUUCGCCCUCAAGUAAUGAAAUUUUCAAGAUUAACUUAUUAGGUGUUUAUGAUGUGUCCGUUAAUAAAAAUGACAACAAUAAAUGGAAAUGGAAUUUAACUCGUCGUUAAAUGGAAAAAUCCACUAACCAAUUUUUUAAACUAAUUGAUUUGCAUUUAAAUUAUACAUUUAAUUUAAAUGACAAUCAAUUAAUAUAUCAGAUUGGUUUGUUUGAAGAUAAACCUCACAUCAUCAUUUGGCGUUAAAAUGAAGUUUAUUAGGAGUUUCAAGGAUUUGGCAACUGUUUGACAAUAUACUAAAUAAUUAAAUUAAAAGUAAAAAUUAAAAAAAAUAAAGCACAAA